AUGUGGAGUUAUCCUUUCGUUGCAGCUGGGUUGCUGAUUUUAUUCGGUCUGAAUUUGGUCUUUUUGCUGGAAACCAACUAUUGCCUUUUAAAAAACUGUCCAGCGGAUACAAAAUUGCCACAUAUUGGCUGCAAUAACAGUGGGAGCUGGUCGCCAAAAUGCGGAAAAGAACCAAAAAUCAUUGACGUACCCAAGCAUAUAAAAAAGUUCAUUUUAAACUAUCACAACACAUAUCGCGAUAUUGUGGCCGGUGGUCAAAUGCACAGGCUACCCAUUGCAGCUCGUAUGCUCAAGUUGAAGUGGGACCACGAUUUGGCUCUUUUAGCUACAAUCUUGGUUAAGCGAUGCGAUCUCCAACCCACAGACCACUGUACAUCCACGGAAGAGUUCUCGUCCCCAAGCUACCAUGCCGUAUAUAACAAGUUCAAGGCAAAGGAGGAUACAUUCAGGAUAGUUCGAUCUCAGCUGAAUGCGUGGUAUGAUCAGUAUAAGCACGUUUCUGCAUCCAGUCUAAUUGAUGGAUUGUCCACGGCUAAGAAGGAGAUUGGGCACUUCCUAAGGAUGAUUGUGGGCCCCACUAACCGAUUGGGAUGUGCUAUAGCCAGUAUCGAAAAAGACGGAUGGACCCAUCAAUGGCUAGCCUGUCUAUACAGCUGUUCACCCCAGAAGAACACGCUUCUAUACGAGUAUUCCGGAAAACCGGCAGUAUACUGCACCACUGGGGUUAAUGGCAAAUUCCAAAAUCUAUGCAAUGACGCCGAACCUGUGAAAGAUUGCAUGCACUCUGAACUAUUCAACACAAUGACCGCCAACGACACUACAUCACUGAUCAGGGGCAUGUUGAAUAGACAAUCGCAACCCAGAACUUUUGGGUGGCUUUGGAAUUGGGGGAAAAAAAUUUGGGGCUGGGUGAAGAAUGCUUGGAAAACAAUUGUGGGUUGCGGUAAUGGUGGUGGUGGUGGUGGCGGUGGUGGUGGCGGUGGUGGUGGCGGUGGUGGUGGUGGUGGUGGUGGUGGUGGUGGUGAUGAUGGCGGUGGUGGUGGU